AAAACAAAAACAACUGUGCUGUUGAAUCAGCAAAAGGGGGCGCUGUUUCCACCUUCUUCUUGCACAUCACAGUUCAUGUCCGGUUCGUUUUCCGCAUUGCCGUUGCAUCAACAAACCCUGUAAACAUGGCAUCGGCCCUCGGUCGCCUCGUCAGGCUGUCUCUCCUCAACCCCCCCUGCAGAUCCCCGCUAACCCCCUCCAGUGUGCCGGGGAACACCGUGACAGCAUGCCGGACGGCCGUGUGCUCGUCGUCCGGUUCUAUGCUUCCCAAACCCAAAAAGGUGUGUGAUACCGGGGAGCAGACCCCCUUCGGCCUAAUCCGGAUCGCCCUGGUAGUCGUGCCCUUCUUGUAUGUGGGGACGCAGAUCAGCAAGAACUUUGCCGCCCUCCUGGAGGAGCACGACAUCUUCGUCCCCGAGGACGACGACGAUGAUGAUUGAGGGGUCUGGAAAGCUUCAGAUUGUGUAUUGUGUGACGAUGACCACCGCCAAGCGUCAGUGAGCAUCUCAGCAGAUUAACACCUUCCCGGAGUUGCGUCUUUGUGCACUAGAUUCAGGGUUUUUGCUGCCCCGGGCUGAUCAUAUUGUACUGUAUUUGUCAUUCACUACUCACGUCUUAACAAAAAGAAUACUGCUUGUAAAAUACAGCGCAGAAUCAGUGGAGCUGUGCGAUACCAGAACACACAAUGAUUUCAAUAAAAUCAAAUUUUCUAUCAA